AUGAAGGAACAGCUGAAGGCUUUUGAUCAAGAAGUAAAUGAGUUUGUGGAUUAUAUGUUUGGAGAUAGAGAUCCCAGGGUGAGAGGGUGGCUUCUGCUGGAUUCAUACUUACCUACUUUUGCUCUCACCAUCCUAUAUCUGCUCUUCAUAUGGCUGGGCACCAUGUUUAUGAAGAAUAGGCCUGCUUUGUCACUCAGGGGCCUUCUUAUUGUGUAUAACUUUGGUGUCACAGUGCUAUCGUUUUACAUGCUGAUAGAGCUGAUUCUUGCUACAUGGGAAGGAAAUUAUAACUUACAAUGUCAGAACUUGAUCAGCGCAGGAGAAACGGACAUCAGGGUGGCCCAGGUGUUGUGGUGGUAUUACUUUUCCAAAGUCAUUGAAUUUGCUGACACUGUUUUCUUUGUUUUGCGAAAGAAAAACAAUCAAAUAACUUUUCUUCAUGUUUAUCAUCAUGCCAGUAUGUUUAACAUCUGGUGGUGCGUCAUGAACUGGAUACCUUGUGGACAAAGCUUCUUUGGACCCACUUUGAAUAGUUUUAUCCACAUCCUCAUGUAUUCCUACUAUGGAUUGUCAGUCAUUCCAUCCAUGCGUAAAUACCUUUGGUGGAAGAAAUAUCUCACUCAAGCACAACUGAUUCAGUUUUUGCUCACCAUUACACAUACACUCAGUGCAGCUGUCAAACCCUGUGGUUUUCCCUUUGGAUGCCUCAUCUUCCAGGUCUCCUACAUGGCCACAUUGGUGGUUCUGUUCGUUAACUUUUACGUCAAGACAUAUCGGAAAGCAUCUUCAAAAGCCAAUGCGAAAGAGAUUCCUCUGGUGACAGAAAUUAAGAAUGGGUUCCAUAAAAACUACCUAAAGGAAAUUAAUGGCGCUCUGAAGAAAAAAGCACAAUAA